AACGUCAGCUACCUGUCCCUCGUGAAUAUAUAAUGUGGUCACGGCACGCAUCAAAUUAUUGAUACAGCAGCAUCAGCACCGGAAGAAAAGUAAACCCUAAGUAAGAUGCCGAAGAAGAUGGGGGUGAACACCAAGGCGGAGGCAGCGAGGGCGCGUAAGAGCGCGGCGGAAACGGAUCGCAAGGAGAAGGAGACUCGACAAAAGGAGGAUCAGUACUGGCAAGAGGCAGAGGGCUCUAAGUCACGAGCAGCAAAGAAGAAGGAGGACGAGGCCGAAAAGAGGGCCGAAGCAGCCGCGCGUCGGGCGGAGGCGCGUAGGUUGGCGGAGCAGGAGGAGAAGGAGCUGGAAAAGGCGAUGAAAAAGGUGGACAAGAAGGCGAACCGGGUGUCGAUACCCGUGCCGAAGGUGACAGAAGUGGAGCUGAGGCGGCGGCGGGAAGAGGAGCAGGCGGAGGCUGAGAAGAAGGCGGAGGAGGUGAAGAAGCGGCAGAGUCGCACUGCUGCAGAGGAUGAGUACGAAAGAAUGGUUCUCGUGUCCAACACUAAUCGCGACGAUUCUAUCAUCGAAGCGAGAUCUUUGGAUGAUGCCAUCGCUCAGAUGACUGUUGCCGACAACUUGCCCCCCGAUCGCCAUCCCGAGAGGCGCCUCAAGGCCUCCUUCAAGGCAUUCGAAGAAGCCGAACUCCCUAAGCUGAAAGAAGAGAAACCGGGUCUUACUCAUAAUCAGUACAAGGACUUGAUAUGGAAGCUAUGGAAGAAAUCUCCUGACAAUCCUCUUAAUCAAAUUGCAGAGUGAAUGAUCAGCUGCAGCUGGAUUGUAACCGAUGCAACACCCUCUUCGAGUGGGAAUUUUCAUGGCGUGGUGGAUCCAUUUCUAGUUGGUAAAAUUAUAAUGCCUGCUCAUCUACAUGUCCCCCCAAAUUCCCAAUUAGGCUAUAGGAAUAGUGUACCUUUCUUCCCUCUGUCUCUCUUAAACUUACAUGUUAUCACAGGCUUCAUUUCCUUUCUUGUUUUGAUCCCGCUGCAUGCAGAGUAUCAAAUAGUUCACCUUCUGGACAUGCACAGACAUUCUUGCCAUCAACUUUGAAUCGGACUGCUCUGCUCGGGAUAAGGGGUUUCUAAACUACAUUGUAUUUAAAUUCAACAAAUUAUGGUAUAUCUCCCUUUAGUGUACGUUCACCUACACACAGUUUCUAAUUUCUCUCACGUGCGAUUUUAAUCUCACAUAAUUUUCUCAGAA